AUGGCAUCAGUAUAUAAGAUUGCGUUGGUGCAGCUUUGCCCGAAGCCUUUAGCUAUUGAUUACAAUUACAAGAAAGCAGUAAAAUUUAUCAGAGAAGCCGCUUCCAAGGGCUGCGACCUUGUCGUUCUGCCUGAAUAUCACCUCACAUCAUGGGUCCCAGAUGAACCCGAAUUUCUGCCACUGUGUCACCACGAGAUCACAUCCAAAUGUCUCUCUGGCUAUCAGUCUCUCGCUUUCGAACUCAAAAUAUCGAUCGCCCCUGGAACCAUCUGCACUAUACACCCCGAAACUUCUCAUCUCCAUAACACAGCUCAUUUUAUCUCUCCUGAAGGCAAAAUACUUUCUUCCUACACCAAGAAGAAUCUUUGGCAUCCUGAACGUCCACAUCUAACCUCGUCUACGAAUGAUCCACAUACUACUUUCAAUACUCCUCUUGGAAAAGUUGGUAUGCUUAUCUGCUGGGAUGCUGCAUUUCCUGAAGCAUUUCGAGAGCUCAUUUCUCAAGGCGCGAAACUCGUCAUCAUCCCAACCUUCUGGACUCUCAGCGAUUGUACUCCUGCAGGAUUGGCACGAAAUUCGCUUUCUGAAGAAUUGUUUGUUCAAUCCACACUAGUAUCCCGAGCGUUUGAAAACACGUGCGGUAUCAUAUUCUGCAAUGCUGGAGCACCUGUAGGAAAAGGAAGAGAGGAUUCUGGCUUUUUGGGAAUCAGCCAGGUCACCGUACCAUUCCAAGGAGCUCUAGGCAAGAUGGGAAGAGAAGAAGGAAUGAACGUGGUAGAAUUAGACAUGCAAAUUUUAGAAGACGCGGAAGAAGCGUACAAGGUACGCAUGGAUAUUGGGCGAGAUGAUUGGCAUUAUGCACACACAUUGAGAAGAGGGGAUAGCAGUGAAGAGAGCAAGUUGUGA